GAGGAGAAAUGGACUCUGGGUCCCCGAGGGGCGGGGCUGGGGUCCCUCUCCUGGAUGAGGGAGGAGGGAUGGGGGUCAGGUCGCUGGGUCCCUGGCCUGGGAAGGGUUCCGAGGACCGGACGUCGGGGUUCUUAGAAGGGGAGAUGAGUUUUCACCAUAACUGGGGCUCACGCAGGAAGCCCGAGGGAGUAGGAGGCGGAAACUUAGCCACAUCAAGGAGCCAAGGGAGGGGUGGGGAGGUGAAGGGGCGGGUGAGGAAGGGGCUGGGGUGUGAGGGUCUGAGACUCCCUCUUCUGUCCCCUCCAAGAUCCGGCCAUAGGCAUGAGGGGCCUCCGGCCGAGAUGAUAGUGCUGGCGCCAGCCGGGAGCCCAACAACCUCCCUGCUGCUGCUGCUGCUGCUCAGCCCUGGCCUCCGCGGGACCCCUGACUGCUCCUUCAGCCACAGCCCCAUCUCCUCCACCUUCUCGGCCACCAUCCACAAGCUGUCUGAUUACCUGCUUCAGGACUACCCAGUCACCGUCGCCUCCAACCUGCAGGACGACGAGCUCUGCGGGGCCUUCUGGCGCCUGGUCCUGGCCCAGCACUGGAUAGGACGGCUCAAGGCUGUGGCCGGGACCCACAUGCAAAUUCUACUGGAGGACGUCAACACGGAGAUACACUUUGUCACUUUAUGUGCUUUCCAGCCCCUCCCCAGCUGUCUUCGCUUCGUCCAGACCAACAUCUCCCACCUCCUGCAGGACACCUCCCAGCAGCUGGCAGCCUUGAAACCCUGGAUCACCCGCAGGAAUUUCUCUGGGUGUCUGGAGCUGCAGUGUCAGCAGGAGGAGGACACUGAGGCCCAGCGAGACGAGUCACCUGCCAGAGGACACAGAGCUGGAACUCCGAGGAAGUCAGCUAGAGACUGGUCCCUUCCUCGACAGCGCUGCCCCGCUCACUCUCUCCCCAGGAUGGAGGCAACACCAGCCCACAGCCCCAGCCCCAACUAUCCCUAUCUGUACAAAGUCCUUGUCCCCAGGAAACUGUAUAUAAAUUAUCCUUUUCUACCAGCUCUGGCCAGGUACUGUCUGUAGAUGGGACAGGGGGUGUGAGUCCUGGUUUUUCUGUUAAUGCAAAGUUUCAUCCGGUACCGAGAGACCCCCGACAGGGGCCUGAGCCAGUGCGUUGCAGCGCUGACCCUGACCGCGUCAGAAGCUCGCCUCUCAGGGCUCCUGAUCUAUGCGGGAGAAGACUCGCAACCCAGGGAGCUGCGGUUGAGCAGGACACACGUUCUAAUGUCAGCAGUCCAGGCACUCCGGGAGCCCGCGGCGGGUGACCUGACCCAGCCCGAGAUCCCAGGACGCGCUUUGGAGGAAAGGACUCUUGAGCCAAAAAGUCCUGGGACUGUUAGAGGUCAGAUCUGAGAAGGUAGGGCUGGAGGGGGGCCAUCCGAGGCAAGGGGUACAGUCGAAGAGAAGACCCAGCAGUCAUCUGGAAGUCACUCCCUCGCACACUCUUAGAUCUCAUAGGGAAACCUACUUCCACCU